CAACCAAGCAAGCAAGCAGACGAAGCAGAAGCAGACAGCAGAAAACCCCAACGACAACAGCCAGCGGCUACUGUUUGUAUUUUGUGGUGUUGUGUGUGAGGUGCGAACUGGGGUGGCGAAUGCUGACAUGAUGACGGCCCAAACAACAAACACAAACGAUGCAAGUUGUCGAAGAUGAGCCACAAACACCACCACCGCCGCCAACAGGCAGCCAGCCACGACGAUGUUGUCACGUCGGAAGAAGUCGUUGCGACGGGUGAAGAAGCGACCCGUCUCGCACCAAUUCUUGCUGCGCCAGAGCCAGGUGGAAAUCCUGCUAGAGCAGUUUGGUGUGCAAGAUGAAGGCCAGCGCAACAGCCACGCUUCUGCCAUCAUUAAGCAGCAUGGUGAAGAUGGCCGCAUCUCCCACAAGAAGCUUGCAGUGGCUCUCCUGCAGAUUGGGGGCGCGUCAUCGGCGUGCCAACCGGAGGGGGCAGUCAGCGCUAACGAAGCGCACAGCAGCGACCAUCGCGGUGGUCUGAGCCACCAAGCACCGUCACACCACACAAUGCACCAUGACAACGAUGACGAUGACGAUGACGACGACGCAUCCCAAGUCAUGCGAAGGGCUGGGUCCGUCAAGAACCCCAACAUCAAGAUCCAAGAAUUGCGGCGGCUCCUGCAGCAGACGGGAACGGGUGGUGCAGGAUUGGUUGAUCUCGCAUCACACUUGGCACCAGACACAUCCCAGCAGCACCCGCACCAGCAGCACCAACAGCGUGUUGGGCAGAGUAGUGGCUGGAACAUGGAGGGUGGUGGCGAGGAUGAAUGGCGAGAUUACGAUGACGCAGACGCUGCACAGAGUCAUGGUGGGUACACACCAGGGCAGAUGGCCAACCCGAGCGUGAUUGGCGGCAGCAACCUCAACGAAUGGGACGAGCUCGCCCAGCCACCCCAGCGCAGCACCAGCACGCUGUCCACGGCGCUUGAUGGCAUGCAGGUGUUUAUGGCCGGCAACAGCUUUGACGACGACGAUGUGGACGGGGAGAGUGCAGCCGACACGCCGAGUCGCACGGAAUCGCUCAUUGCGCGCCUGAUGCAACAGGUGGACGAGUUGCGACAGGAGGUUGUUGGCCUGACGCAAACAAACAGGGGGCUGGAGACUACGCUGCAGCUCAAGGCCGCGGAACACAAGCAAGAGCUGAUUGCGCAACAGGAGGAGACACAAACGGAGUUGGAUGCAAUCGAGAAUGAAAUGCGGUUUUAUGAAUCACAGGCAGCUGCAACGAAGCAGCAGCUCACGCGCGUCGAGAAGUACUGGGGUGAUGCGAAGGCGGAGAACGAAGCGCUGCGAUCUGAGAUUUCAUCCAUUCAGCACGAGCUUGAGGUCGUGCGCAAGCACGCCGCCGCAGACUCGCUGCCAUCGCGCUAUGAGGACCUGCAGGCGGAGCACGAGCAAUUGCUGGCGGCAUACACCGACCUGUGCACGAAGACGCAGAAGGACAGCCAGACAGAGCAGCAAUUGCAGGACGCGGCAGAGAAGCAACAGCACAUCUUCGACCAGGAGCUACUGCACGCCCGGGAAGUGAUACGGAAGUUGGAGGCGGAGAACGAGCAGCUGAAAGCGGCAGCGGAGGAGGCUGCGGUGUAUCGCGAGUCCUACGAGGAACUCAAAUUCAGGGUGCUUGAUUCCCAAUCGCAGGCGGACGUGUUGAGUGCAACAUCACCACUGACCACGGCAAGCAGCCUCCACGAUCAGCUCAACCUUGCAACGGACUCGCGACCACUCGCUCGUGGAGAUGACACACAAUCGCCCACCAGCGACGAAGACUUUCGUCCGAUUUCCAGUCUUGCGGAGGAGAUUAUGCUUGCAGGCACGACAGCACAUGCCCCUGCCCAGCACACAGGCGGCGUGGAUGAGAACGAAGCAAGGCGGCUCAAGCAGAAGCUGCUGGAAUACGAAGAGUCUUUGGAAAAGGAACAGACAAGCGCUUCUUGCUUCCGAGACGAGGUUGAGACACUGCAGGCCAGACUCGCAAAGAAGCAGACACAACUGCAAGAGCGAAAGCGCCUUGUGGAUGAACAAGCCGCUGUCAUUGACAAACUCAAGCAGCCUCUCCUCGACAUGACAGCCGCACUGCAGCAAAUGCAGUCGAAAAAGCAAGAGAUUGGCCAAGAACUGCUGCAGACGCGCCAUCAGCUCCUGGCCGCACAGGCACAGGUUGGUGAGAUGGAAACAGCACUCAAGCGCUACAGGGCGGAGGGACCGAGGCCUCGAACGAGCAGCAGCAACGACGGCGACAGUCGGCGCAAUAGCGCCUCGUCUCAGUCCGGACGCGAGCGCCUGCAGACCAAACACAAAGAGCUCUCACGGCAAAUGGACCAAAUUGUCGUUGUCAUCUCGCAUUAUGUGCGUCGGCGGUCUGAGUUUGUUGCUGAGAUCUCAGACACACAUCCACAGCAGCUGCUGAGCAGUGGCGGUGACAGCGCCGGUGUCAACGCAGCGGAUCGUCUCGGUGUUGUGCAACGCAAGCUGCGCGAUCUGGACAGCAUCUACGAAGCGUGCUUGUUGGCGUUGAGGAAAAAGGAAGACACCUUGAAACGGUCGCUGUCAAAGCUGGAGAGAACUCUGAAGAAGAAAGAUGACGAGCUGUCGAAAGUGAAGAUGCUGCUGGCGUCUUCCGAGCGCCGAGUUGCGCGCUCAAAUGACCUGCUGCAAUCCUUCGCCUCCUCCCCUUCGUCCAACAAGUCCACAUCAGCGGACAUUCUCCGCUCCUCUGCAGACAUCAUUCACUCGUCUGCACACGGCGUCACGGGUACUACAACAGCCACUACCACAACACCACCGUCUUCGGCGCACAAACCCACGCCCGUACGCGCUGCCAAGGAUAACCGGCGCCGCAACUGCUCAUAUGUUCGCGCUGUCGACACUUCUGGCUCACCGCGUUCGCGAUCUGGUGACAAUGCAAACAACAAGACAUCAGCCGCCUCGCCACUGCAGAGAUCCACUCAAAGGCACACGCAGCAGCAGCAGCAGCAGCAGCAGCAGCAGCAGCGAGCAGGUGGAGACGGCAGUGGUGCCCGAAAACACGUGCUGUCGUCCAACGGGAGUGCCAGUCGAUUGCCAAUUGCAGUUGGUCAGGACCAGCAACACCAGCAAUCACACAUGCACGACCAGCACCAGCGCCCUUUUGCUGCUGCCGCCACCACAAGAAUCGGCACCAAUAACAACAGCAACAACAACGACACCAACAACAACAACAACCACAACAGCGGAAGCUACAGCAACGCCAACGCCAACAACUCGACCAGCAGCACCCCAGGUACCGCCGCUGCCACAACGGGCACAGCGGAGUCGAAGCGACGCAGCUACGAGCCCGCACAGCCGGCGCAGCGAAACCCACGCAGGUCUGAGCCUCAGUCUGUGGUCGCACAGCGUCUGUUCAGAGCCGUGUUUGAGACGCGGCAGCAGCACCAGCAGUUGCAGUCCCACAGCCGCACGUCAAGCGUCAGCUCCGUGUCGUCGCUGACGAUGAAGUGGCAGGACAAAUCAAUUGGCGGCAAGGACGGCGGUGUGGAUCACAUGCCUGCGACUGGUGGUGUUGAUGAUCACGCGGUUGCUACAAGGACAUCAGAUCAUGCCAAGCAGCCAGUCCACACGGCCACCGCGACCACAACACAUUCAACUGCUCCAUCAUCGCGUGGCAACAGCAGCGGUGGUGGCGGAAAGGGUGGUGGCAAAGCCCUGUCCACAUCCACAGACGACAGUGGCGGGCUUGGAUCCAUGCGGCGAAGGCGGCACAAGGGGAGCGUGCGCAUGAGUGCUCGGAGGCGCCAGGACCUGCGACGCGUAGCAAUGGGGCAGUCAGCCCUGGAUGAGGCUCGGAGGCUGGCAUCUGUGUCAUCCACAUCAUCAUCAUCAUCAUCAUCAUCAUCAUCAUCAUCAUCAUCGCUGGUGCCACUGCCCACAACAGCAGCAGCUACAGCGACAGCAACAACAGCUCAACGUGGAUCUGGCGCAUCGCGACAGACAGCUGCACAAGGAAAACUAGGCAGCGCCACUGGUGCGGGCGGCGGAGCAGCCGUGAGGGUGAUGGACGCUGCCAUGCGAGGUUCACGCGCGCAGAGCACAGCAAGCAGACGCAACACGGCAACAGGCGGCAAACUGAGGUCGGUUCCUGUCCGCAAGUCGAAUCCAAAGAACGGGCAGGACCGCGUCAGGCAGCAGCAGCAGCAGCAGCAGCAGCAGCAGCAGCAGCAGCAGCAGCAGCAGCAGCAACGGCAACAGCAGCAACGGCAACAGCAGCAUCGCUCGCAUGCCCCAAGCGAGCUGCCACCUGUGCCGCGCAAUUCGAAAACGCCUCCAACAAAACACCGCACGCAGGCAACAGCUACUGGGCCUUCUCCCACAGCAGCGACAAAAACGGCGGCCAGGCUACGAGUGAACAUUGCCGACGCACAGCACCGCACUGUCCUCUGA